AUGAGGGGAGGGAGCGGGCGUGUCUCAGCUCGCGCGAGAAAGAGAGAAGAGACGCCACGACACAGAGGAGCCUUGGUGCGGCGACGGAGGCUGCCCACCGGACGGAAAUUACCAAGGCGGGCGGCGGCUGGCGGCGGCGCGGCGGCGCGGCGGGGCGCGGGCGGCGGCGGCGACGGAAGGCGACAACGCGCUCGGCAACGCUCGAGCAGCGGCUUACGCGGCGGGGACGCGGCGCGCCGGUCCGGGCCCCCCCGGUCUGCCCCGCCGGCGCGACGCCACGCGACGCGACACGACGCGGCGCGGCGCCACCGCCAGUUAGUUGGCGCGAACGCGCGCUCCUGGCGCUCGGAGGGAGGCGGCGGCUCUCGAAGGCGGCGGAGGUGGAGGCGGCGCGGCGGCGCGGCCGGCGGCGGCGGUGAGGAGCCAGAGCGCGCGGCCCUUCAACAGCCCGGCCCCGGCGCCAUGGGCAGCCAAUGCUGCAAGUGCGCCUCGGCGCAGACCAACCACCGCUCCCCUUCCGGCUCCGUCAUCGGGUCGCGAGGAGACCAGGAGCUGGGCCCCAGCGAACGCGUGCGCUUCGCCGACAACAACAACACGGUGGUGCUGAGCCUUCAGCGCGUGACGCGCGAUGACGUGGGAACAUACUCGCUGGUGGCGAAGAACGCAGCGGGGGAGGCGCGCACCGCCUUCGACCUGCGGCUCCUGGACGACGCGGCGGCGGGCGGCGGCGACGGCGAGGCGCCCGUCUUCCUGCGCCGCCUCAGCGACCUCGCCGUCAAAGUGGGCACCCGCACCCGCUUCCUCGUCGAGAUCCGCAGCUCCUCCGAUGUCCAGGUGGCCUGGCACCGCAACGACGAGCGCGUGCUGGAGGGCGAGCGCUUCGCUUUCCUGCACGAGGGCCACUUCUUCUGCGUGGACGUGGCGCCCGUCGUGGUGGAGGACGGCGGCCGCUGGACGUGCAUGGCGGAGAACGCGGCUGGCCGCUCCUCGUGCUCCUCCUACCUCAACGUGCUCGUGCCCAAGGCGUACAAGGCGCCGGAGUUCGUGGAGGAGCUGCGCGCGCUGCUCACGGAGCAGGGCACGGUGUCGCUGGAGUGCAAGGUGGUGGGCGUGCCCACGCCGGCGCUGCGCUGGUACAAGGACGGGCGCGAGAUCCGCGCGGGGGAUGUGUUCGCCCUGAGCGCCGACCCGGCUGACCCCACGGCGCUCGGCACCUACACCUGCGAGGCCUCCAACUGCAUGGGGCGCACCUACUCGUCGUCGCGCGUGCACGUCGUGGGCAAGGGCAGCCGCGAGGGCUCGCUGCAGCCGGCCGACAGUUUAGUGCCAUCUGGACCCGCUCCCGCUUUCGUCAAAGACCUUCUACCCAUCAAAUGCAAAAUCGGAGAACCCGUCACUCUCACAUGUCAAGUGAGGGUGCCGCCCUGGCCAAAGGCCAUCGCGUGGUACAACCGAGAAGGCCGUGUCGAAGCCAGCGAAAAGUACCACGUCAUGGAGGACGGGCUGGGCGGCUACAUGGUGGAGAUCAACCCCGUGGAGGCCGUGGACGAGGGCGAGUGGAAGUGCGUGGCCACGAGCAACGAAGGCGCCGCCGGCAUCUCCACCACGCACGUCCAGGUGGCCUAUCCCAAGAGUUAUCGCAAACCCCGUUUCCUGGAAAGCCUCAAAGCUAUCCUCACCGAGGAGGGGCUCGUGUCCUUCGAGUGCAAAGUGGUGGGGUCGCCGACGCCACAGUUACGCUGGUUCAAGGACGGACAAGAACUCAGGCCAGGAGACGUGUAUCAGUUGACAGGCACCAACACACUGGGGUCCUACUCGUGCAUCGCGCGCAACUGCAUGGGAGAGGCCACCAGCUCCGCCGAGCUCACCGUCGAAGACAUCCAGAGCCAGCUCAACGAGGAGGAGCGCCUCCAGUUGUUCACCGAGAACCAGCCGCCCAAGUUCGUGCAAGGCCUCAAGAGCGGCGAGGGCCGAAUCGGCGAAGACUUCCGACUCACCCCCACAGUAGCGUGGUAUCGAGACGACGAGAACGUGGUGGACAGCGACCGCUACCACUUAUCUCGGGAGCAUCUUGGCACGUGCCAUUUGGACAUCCGACCGCUGGAAAUCGCGGACCAGGCGGAGUGGAAAUGCGUCGCAACGAACGAAUUUGGUCACAGUGUGACGUCUUGCUUUCUCAAGCUUCACAUUCCGAAGCAUUACAAGAAGCCUCGUUUCUUGGAAUGUCUGCGGGCCAUAUUAUCAGAGGAAGGAGCCGUCAACUUAGAAUGCAAGGUAAUCGGGGUGCCUCAGCCAGUGCUGCGGUGGUACAAAGACGGCGAGGAGUUGAAACCCGGGGACAUCCACCGCAUCAUCUCCGGCCAAGACGGGACCUGCUGCCUGGGCACAUACACGUGCGAGGCCCGAAACUGCAUGGGCACCGUGGCCAGCUCUGCGUCCCUCCUCGGCUUCGAGGCGGCGCCGCCCGGCGCGGGCCACCCCAUCGCGCGCAACCCGUCGCUCUCCACCAUCCACGAGGAGCGCACGUCGCAGAUGUACGAGCCGGCCACCGAGCGCUCCAUCACGGCCGAGGAGCGGCCCGAGAUCUCCUUCUCCUUCGACGGCCGCGAGGUGUCCGUGUCGCUGUACGAGACGCCCGACCUCACCGAGGAGGAGGCCCUGCAGGUGGUGGAGAUGUACGCCGAGCAGCUCUCGGAGCACCUGCCGCCCAUGCGCUUCGUCAAGGAGUCGUCCCACUCGGGCAAGAUCCUGAUGGAGGCCGUGGUGAUCGACGUGACGGGCGACUACUUCUCCGCGGCGGAGGACGACCUGCGCACGGAGCGCGACGUGGACGAGCUGAGCAUCUCGGACGACAGCCCGCACACGGCCGCGCUGCCCGACGACGACGACGGCCUGCCCUUCGACAAGCUCAACGCCGACUUCCUGGAGCGCGCGCUGGCGCCGCUGCCCGGCCCCGAGGAGCCCGCGCCGCGCCGGCCCCCGCGCCGCCGCAGCGAAGGCUUCCACCCGGCGGCGCCCAAAGCAAGCGCCGCCGCUGCGGCCGUGGGUGGCUCGGGGUCCCCCGACUCCGAAGAGGACAUGUCCUUCAGCGACGCCCGCGCCUCCGUCUACGACACCUUCGCCAGCGCCAAGGCCAGCCUCCCCAGGGCCAAGGAAGAGGCCGCUUACCAGGUGGCGGCGAUCGAGGAGCGGCUGGGGCCAGUGGACCAGUCCACCAAGAGCAGCCCGGCGGAGCUGGUGCGCCAGUGCGCGGAGCUGGCGGCCGAGGACAGGGCUGCGAGGCCCGCAAAGGAGCGCAAGUCGGUGUCGCAAGAAUCCGGCGAGGCCCAACCGCCCGACGCUCAGCCCACGAGGCCGCCCAAGGGGGUGAAGCGGCGGGGCUCGACGCGAGUGCCCUCGGGGGACGCGGCGGUGGGGACGGAGGAGGGCGCGGCGUCGGCCGCUGACAAGCGCACGAAGCGGCUGUCGGCCGCCGACAUGGACCUGCCGACGCUCAGCAGCCCCACGCCCGAGGACGCCGCGCGCGCCGCGGCCGCCGAC